UAACAGUUUCUUCAACUUGAACUGCACUCGCCAUUGAAAUUCACGGGUUUUUUUCCUUUAAAAAUUUUUUUGUACUCUUCUUAGUAAAAGUGUGAGAAUGCUGGCCACGGGAGCCGCUGUUACCAACGUCACUGCCUUGGCUCAGGUAGACCGGGAGAAGAUUUACCAGUGGAUCAAUGAGUUGUCCAGCCCAGAGACCAGAGAGAACGCCUUGCUGGAGCUCAGUAAGAAACGUGAAUCUGUGCCCGACCUGGCACCCAUGCUCUGGCACUCAUGUGGCACCAUCGCCGCCCUUUUGCAGGAAAUUGUGAACAUCUAUCCCUCGAUAAACCCGCCCACGCUGACGGCUCACCAGUCCAACAGGGUGUGCAACGCCUUAGCGCUUCUUCAGUGUGUCGCCUCACACCCGGAAACGAGGUCGGCCUUUCUCGCAGCUCACAUCCCCCUUUUCCUUUAUCCUUUUCUGCACACCGUCAGCAAAACGCGCCCGUUUGAGUACCUGCGACUUACCAGCCUGGGAGUCAUAGGCGCUUUGGUCAAAACGGAUGAGCAGGAAGUGAUCAAUUUCCUCCUCACGACUGAAAUCAUUCCGCUGUGUCUCCGCAUCAUGGAAUCUGGAAGCGAACUCUCCAAGACGGUUGCCACUUUCAUCCUGCAGAAGAUCCUGCUGGACGACACGGGGCUGGCCUACAUCUGCCAGACGUACGAGCGCUUCUCCCAUGUGGCCAUGAUCCUCGGGAAGAUGGUGUUGCAGUUGUCCAAAGAGCCUUCGGCGCGUCUGCUGAAGCACGUGGUUCGAUGCUACCUCCGCCUCUCGGAUAAUCUCAGAGCCCGAGAAGCUCUGCGGCAGUGUCUGCCCGACCAGCUGAAGGACAGCACCUUUGCGCAGGUGCUGAAGGACGACACCACCACCAAGCGUUGGCUGGCCCAAUUGGUGAAGAACCUCCAGGAGGGCCAGGUGACCGACGCCCGGGGCAUCCCCUUGGCCCCGCAGUGACGAUUUAUAUCCACUGAUCAAAUGACCCCGAAACGGGGACCAUGCCGCCAUACGUAUUGGUGGAGAUGCCGUUUACAGUUGGCAGUUUUGAUCAUUUCACUUUUGGGAGUCUGACAUAUUUUACGGUUGAAUGAGCAAAAGGUGACGCAAGUUUUGUACAAAAUUAUGUUAAACUGUAAAUACUGUACCUUCAGUGCUGUUGUAAAUAGCAAAUGGCAACAUUUGGCUAAAACGUAGUACAUUAAUGACUGCCAGCCCUUCCAAAAUGUUUUUUGGCUCUUUUUUUUCCCUCCUGCAAUUUUCACUAUGUAACACACAUAAAAACGUUUUGGAUGAAUAAAACAUUUGAAACCUC